GGUGUGUAGCGCUUGUCAUCGAAGAAAGUAAUCCAAAAACAUCGGAAAAUUAGAGGAUAUUCGAUCUUUUUAUAUGCCCACAUACUUCCAAGAUGGUGAAGAUUAUGAAAACGGGGAAAGUCGUAUUGGUCCUCAGUGGACGAUAUGCAGGAAGAAAAGCCAUUGUAAUACGUAAUUAUGAUGAUGGUACUACAGACAAACAAUAUGGACAUGCAUUGGUUGCAGGAAUUGACCGAUAUCCACGUAAAGUACACAAAAGGAUGGGCAAAGCAAAACUUCACAAACGUUCUAAAAUCAAGCCAUUCGUGAAGAUUUUAAAUUACAAUCAUUUGAUGCCAACAAGAUACACAGUAGACUUACCUUGGGAUAAAACAACCACUAAAGAUCUUAAAGACCCAAUGAAACACAAGAAGAUUCGAUUCCAGACCCGUGUUAAGUUUGAAGAAAAGUAUAAAGCGGGCAAGAACAAAUGGUUCUUCCAAAAACUACGGUUCUAAUUAAUUUUAAAUAAACAUAAAAUAUACAAAUA